UAGGUGGGCAUUCUCUUAAUUGCCAGUAUUUUUGCUAUUACAAAAAAGACUUUGAGCAGUCUUUUGAAGACAGGGAGAGAAGAAAAAGGUGUAUAGGAAUAGGAUUUAGGGAGUUUUUCCUGUGACAAAGUCUUUGGUUGGAUGGAUGGCAAAAGGUUGAUGCUGACGUCCUUGAGGUUCUGGUCUAGAGGCAAAGGGUGGAGUUGUGGUCUAAACCUGGUCUCAUGGAUGUAGUGUGGACUUUUGGGGUUGAGAUGGGCAGGUAUCUUACCAUGCUACUUCCUACUUCUAUUUCUAGAUAAAUAUGUCCUUGAGGUAACAGUUCUGAGUGGUAACUGAGUAAGGAUACAGUGUAGCACAAGCCAGGAUGAAGGAAAAUGUGAUGGAUGCACAAGUGGCUCAUUUCACAGUAGACAAUCAGGAUAUCUCCCUCUGGUCCCGAGACCCUCCUCCAAAAAAGGAGUCUCCAAUAGACCCGAGGACCUUGCCCUCUGUCUAUGUGUUUAUUAUUUUAUUGGCACUGGGUCUGGUUGCCUCCCUUCUGGCCACGUUCAUUCUCUAUCCCCAGUUACUGGGAAGGAUAGAUGAUGUCAAGACCUCUGUUCACAUGCUCAAAGGUCAUGCAGAGAAUGCCAGUGUCUUCCUCAGUUCUGAGAUCAAGACACUAAGAAACAAAUUGAAGGAUUCCCGUACCCAGAUCCAGAUGUUAAAUUUCAGCAUGCAGUAUUCAAAAGUUCACAUGCAGAUGUUAAAUGCCAUGUUGCAGGAGAAUAGUAAUCACCUUCAGGAAUUAAUGAGCAAUUGGGAAGAACUUGAACAUUUAAAUGCCCAGAUUCCAAUGCUGAAACAGGAUAUGAAGAAAACUGGAGAACUAAAUGCUAAGAUUGAGCAGCUCAAGAAGGAUCUGCAGAACUUGGGUGCAUCAUUGUCACAGCAGCGUUACAUUCUGGAAAUGGCCUCUCAAAACUGGAAAUUUUUUGAAGGGAACUUUUACUAUUUUUCUACCAUGAAAAAGUCUUGGUACAGUGCUGAGCAGUUCUGCACAACUCAAGAUUCUCAUCUCACCUCAGUGACUUCAACAAAAGAACAGGAGUUUCUUUAUAAGGUGGCCAAUGGAGUUCCUUAUUGGAUUGGCUUGACAAAAAUAGGAUCUUCUGGCACCUGGCACUGGGCUGAUGGAACUAUAUUUAUAGAGAGGGAGAAUGCUCGGUUCUGGAUAAAAGGAGAACCCAAUGACAGUGGUCAAAAUGAACACUGUGUAACUCUAGAGCAAACCUCUCUGAUGUCCUGGAAUGAUGUGACCUGUGACCGAGGGCUCCAGUUCAUUUGUAAGAAGGGCCCAAAGUCACCAGUGAUUGACUAGUUCCAUGGUGGAAGUCCGGAAGUCAUUUUCUCAGCUCCUCCCAAACUUACCAUAAGGAUGAUGUUCAUUCCUCCAACAUCAAUGGGGAUUUUUCUCCUUAGAUUAUUGUUUUUAUGUCAUACCAAAAUAUUCUGGGAUUUACAUAUAUUACCAGCGGCUUACUUUGCUUCACCAAGCUGGGGAGGAGGAAAAUAGAGGAAGAGGAUGAAGACAAAAGUACAUCGAAAAAACUGGCUGGGAUUGUCUAGAGAAGGACUUGAUGUGUCUGUUUAUUGAAAUUUCACUAUUUCUGACAGUGGCGCUGCCAUUCACCAAGUUCCUGUUUCCAAAACCUUGUGAUUUUGGGUGAUUCUUUUCAUUACCUCUCUAUAUACAAGAAGUCAUUCAGCAGUAUCAGUAUCAAUUCCCCAAUAUCUCUCCAUCUUCACCUUCCUCUCUGUUGUUUGUUACCACCUCUACCAAUGAAGUUCAGGUCCUCAUUGAUGGCCAUCUAGACGCUUACAAUAGCCUCCUGAAUUUUUUUUACCUCCUCUUAUGUCUCAUAUCUAAUCAUUAUGUCAUUGCCCUUGUAAUCUUUCUUUGUCAUAAAUUUGGUCAUUUUUACUGCUCUCCUUUGACUAAAGUAGGCACCUAAUUAAUUUCUAUUGAGUUAAAAUGAAAACAUUAGUGGUUUGUUAUUGCCUUGUGAGUGAACAUCAAAUAUAUUAGUCUUGCAUUCAAGGCUCUCCACAAACUGGUACCAAUCUAUCUUUAAUGUCUUUUCUUAUAUUGAUCUAUGUACUUUAAGCAUCCAGCCAAGUUGGUAAACUCUCUGUCCCCCCAUAUGUUCUUUGUUCAACUGGAUCUCUGUGUCCUUGCUUAUAUUGCUACCCAUGCCUAAAAUAACCUGCCUUCACUUCCUUUACUGAAUCAGAGAUGACUUAUGGGACAUGAAAGCUAUUUUCAAGUGUUUGAAGGUCUCAUACAGAGGAGGAAUUAGACUUUUCCUUUGCCUCAGAAAGCACAACUAGGGACAAUGGUUGUUAGGGGCAAAGAAAAGCAAAGACUUCAGACAUUGGAGGAAGUCAAGUUUAAGUAAAGUAUAGUGCUAAAAAGAGAAAGAAACACAAACAUAGCUAAGUAUAAUAUGGGAAUCCCUCAUAACAAAGAAUUUUAAAAGGGAAAGAAAAUAAUGCAAAAUUAAUAUAUCAAAAAAGUCUGACAGUAUUUUAUACCCAUGUUCUCUCUCUCUCUCUCUCUCUCUCUCUCUCUUUCUCUUUCAUACACACACACAUAUACACACCCUACAUGUUCAUACAUACUGAUGCAAAUAAAUGAGGAGAGAUGCCUUCUGAUAUCUCUUUUUUGGAUCAUUGUAAUUUCAAAGCAUUUGAUUUCAAUUGGAAUGUUGUUCUUUCCAUUGACAUUGUUAUAGUUCUUGUGUAUGCCUUUUUUCUUGGUUCUGCUUACUGCACUUUGCAUCAUUUAUAUAAUUCUUCUUAAGUUUGCUUGUAUUCAUCAUGUUCACCAUCUCUUAUGUAUAUAACACAGUCAUAUUUCCAUAAUUUGAUAUACCAAAAUUUGAGUGGACAUUCUCAUUCACUGUACAAAGAAGCUGUACUAGUCAUUGGAGGAAAGAGGGUUAAAUAAAGCAUAGUGCUAAUAGGGAAAGAAACAUAAAUAUAGCUAAAUAUAGUAUGAAAUUUUAAAUGACAAGACAUUACAUAAUAGAAGGACAAAACAAGGUGUUUUGUGAGGUCACAGAAGACCUCUGUUGUUCCUACCAGCAGAAAUCUGGGAAGGCUUCCUGAGGGAGUUGAUCUUCAAAAAGAACCUUUAAAAAUGGGAAGCAAUUCAUAGAAUAUGUCAGAGUUGGAAAAAGACUCUUACACCGCCUACUUCAAUAGACAUAAACCAACAGAAUAUCUACAACAACUCCAGCUGAUUUUACUUUUGCUUGAGGACUCCCAAUGAAGUGCCUCUUGAGGCAACCCAUUCCACCUAGGGGAGCUAGCUCUCAUUAUUAUGAGUUCUGUCUUUUGUUGAUCUGGAGUCUUUAUUGCCCCCCAGAUCUAUUCUUAUUCAUUAUAUUUCUUUUUUUCUUGAAUUUUUAGUACAAUAAUAAAUAAUUGUGGGGAUAGUGGACAUCCUUGCUUCAUCCCCAUCUUACUGGAAGGCUUCUACUUUAUCCCUAUCACAGAUAAUGCUUGCUCUUGAUUUUAGAUAGAGAGAAUUUAUUAUUUUCAAGAAAACUCCAUUUGUUCCUAUGUUUUAUAGUAUUUUUAAUGAGUAUUACAUUUCAUCAAAAGUUUUUCUGUAUCUAUCAAGAUAAUCAUAUGACUUUUGUUGUAUUUGUUAUCGAUACGGUAAUUUAUGUUAUAGUUUUCCUAAUACUAAAUCAGACCUGAAUUCCUGGUUUAAAUCCUGUCUGGUCAUGCUAAAUGAUCAUUGUGACAUAGUGUGGUACUCUCCUUGCUAGUAUUUAAUUUUUUUUCAUCAAUAUUC